AUGUACUUCUGUGUCACUGAUAUGACGUUGGUGUCGAACCCCAUUACUUUGCAGCCUACAGGCUGGAUGUACAACUGCUCCCUUAUCCAGUUCCUAGAGCAGUUCGACAUCUCUGUGAAGAAUUCGGAGAAGUGCCAGCCGACCAUGAAACGCGUUGACAAGAUUAUUGACUAUCUUACCUACCAGAUUUACCGGUACAUGAAUCGUGGCCUCUUUGAGAGGGAUAAGAUGAUGUUCAAGUUGAUGGUGACUAUGAAGAUAAUGGUUGUCGCUGGUAGGCUCACUCAGGGCGAUGUUGGGCUCUUCUUGAAAGGUGGCUCGGACCUGGACGUGAAGUCAGAGAGAUCGAACCCCAAUCGAUGGAUGGUGGAUAAGGUCUGGCUCAACGUCCUGCAGCUGUCGCGGCACUCCUUUGGCAAGGAGCAGCUGCUGUUCUUCCGGGAGCUGCCUGAUUUCAUUAGUCGAAAUGAAGCCGCGUGGAGAGUGUGGUAUGAUGAGAACGAGCCCGAGAGAUGCCCGGUGCCGGACUACGAGGAGCGGCUGAAUAUGGAUAGGAACAUUGGGUUCUUCCUUCGAAUGUGUCUUGUGAGAUGCAUCAGAGAGGACAGGACGACUAUCGCUGCUGCGCAGUUCAUCAAUAAACAGCUCGAUCCGAAGUACACGGCACCGGUCACAGAUAGUAUCGACUCGAUCUACUGUGAGUCCCAGAACCGUAAACCCGUGUUGUAUUUGUUGAGCGCUGGAAGUGAUCCCACAUCUAUGAUCGACGACAUAGCAAAGAAGAAAAAGAAAUUCCCGACGGAUAAGGUGUCCAUGGGUGAGGGACAAGAGGUUAUCGCUUGGGAGAAGAUGAAGAAUGGCUUCCUAGCUGGGACAUGGGUCAUCUUACAGAACUGCCACUUGGGUCUGGGCUUCAUGAAUCAGAUGGAAGAUAUCCUCACACGCACGCCGGAGAUUGCUGAGGAUUUCCGACUCUGGAUCACAUGUGAGAUCACCAACUUAUUCCCUAUUGGUUUGCUGCAAAUGGCGAUCAAAGUCACGCUUGAGCCACCCAUGGGGCUGCAAGCUGGUCUGUCUCGUACUUAUACGACGAUGGUCUCACAGGAGCUCCUAGACAAGAUUGAUCACGAGAAGUGGCGUUGCCUGGUCUAUGUGAUGUCCUUUAUGCACUCUGUAGUUCAGGAGAGGAGAAAGUUCGGCCCCAUAGGUUGGUGUGUGCCAUACGAGUUCAAUAAUUCGGACUUAGAGGCCAGUCUCCUGUUCUUGGAGAAACAUCUCUCUACCACGGUUAGUGUGGGUCAGCCUUUGAGUUGGACAACUACCCAGUAUAUGGUCGCUGAGGUACAGUAUGGUGGUAGGAUUACUGAUGACCUCGAUAGAGAGCUAUUCAAUACCUACGCAGCUAAGUGGUUCUGUGAUGAGGUCUUCCAGAAAGCAUUCUCCUUCAAUAAUUACCCUAGUGAUCACGAGUACACUAUUCCUGAAGGUCUCGAAAUUCAGCAGUACCGCGAGCACAUUGACAAGGUCCCAGCGGUUGACUCGCCGCUCAUCUUCGGACUGCACACCAAUGCUGAUCUGACUUAUAGACAGUUGGAGGCUUCGAUGAUGCUCACUACUAUUCAGGAGACUCUGCCGAAGGAGGGUGGUGGAGGUUCUGGAAAGAGUCGCGAUGAAAUCGUGAAGGAUAAGGCCAACGAAGUGCUCUCCAAGGUUCCUCCUGAUUUUGUCGAGGAAAUCUUCAGAUCGCAGAUAACCAAACUGAAGGGGCCACCCAAUACUCCUGAUAAGGGAUUCGCAGCUCCGUUGAACAUUUUCCUGUUCCAGGAGCUCCAGAGGAUCCAACGAGUGAUAGGCAUUGUUCGAAAUAAUCUGCAGUCAUUGGUCAUGGCUAUUGAGGGCACUGUCGUGAUGACACCGGAUCUGCUCGAGGACUUGAAUAUGAUAUUCGACGCACGUUUGCCGAGGAGGUGGACCCAUGAUCCAUCAGGGGCGGAAAUAAGCUGGCUCAUGCCCACUCUGGGUGCAUGGUUCACAGGUUUAUUAGAUAGAGUGAAUCAGCUGGGCACAUGGCUCGAGAAUGGUAGAGGUGCUAUGAAGGGAUAUUGGCUCACGGGCUUCCUGAACGCCCAAGGGUUCCUCACUGGUAUGAGACAGGAAGUGACCCGACAGCACAAGAAGGACCAAUGGGCCCUGGAUGAUGUCGUUACCCAUACUGAGGUGCUCUCCUACGACCUGGAGAGAGUCAAGGAUGUCCCAGAUGAAGGUCAGAAUAUCUAUGGACUGUUCAUCGAAGGAGCACGGUGGAAUCGCCAAGACGGUCGAUUGGACGAGUCCGAACCCAAGAAGCUGUUCACGACUAUGCCAGUGAUCUAUGUGACAGCGGUGACUAUGAAGGAUAGGAAGGCAAGAGGUGGUGAGUAUGGUCCAUAUGGUCCAUAUGACUGCGCGGUAUACAAGUACCCUAAACGCAAUGAUCGGUAUUUGCUAUUCCGCUUGAACCUGAAGACUGAUGUGCAUCCGAGUCAUUGGAAGCUCCGAGGGGUGUGCUUGUUGUGUGCUACUGAAUAA